AUGCCUCAGCUAGCUCCGCGCCAGAAUAAUAAGCGUAAGGACUCUAUUGGGGAACCGUUAGAAAGAUCUUCCGCCAAGCGACCAGACCUGGAAGUCGAGAGUGAUGAAUUGCAACAUGAUUACUCCAAAAAGCGCGAUAAGGAUCCCGUAAUUGAUCAAAUGGUCAAGGCGUUAGUUUCUAAGUUACCCCAGGAAAUUUCAGACGCGAUUGAUUCUGACAAGCGCGCACGCAGCUUAGUUAUAUCGGGAUUGCCUGAGCCCCAGCGUGAUCUGCGCCCCUCAGCAAAGCAGGCUGAUUUAGAGUCUAAGAUCAGCGACCUGAUGGACUUAAAAUCGUGCUCCCUGCUAGGUCCCUUUGAACUACAGCUCUUGCAAAUUCCUACCGAUUGCGUGAUUCUCAGUUCGCUGGUGUCUUUGAACGGAAGACAACCUACUCAUGGCGUAGCAAUCACAGACCUUAUUCUUUCACCUACACGGCUUUUGAGUGAUGUCACAAUCCUGCCACCAUUCGCAUCUUCUGAUCACAACAUGGUGGCCUUUCAAAUUCAAGUCCAACCUUUAAUAAAACUAGAAUACCUCUCCCUGACUUUCAUAGAGCUGACUACUCGGGGUUAUCUUCUUACCUCGAUUCGGUGA